CGACACGCCAUCAUAACAUCCCCACUAUACUAUUACGAUGCGAAAAUGCUACAUGUUGUAUACCAUACGUACACACAGCACAUAAAUACAUACCUGCAUAGUUAAGAUAAUACAUAUAUUACAUAUAUUACCUAACGUUGUAUCUGUGAUUCUGUGUAUAUUGCAUCCAUCACAUCUCUCUACUACUCCUUUUUCUCCAUGCCGACACAUCCCACUCUCCCCCUUCCGAAAAGAUGGCUAAUCUGUUAAAUCUACCUAACGAAAUCCUCCUCCUCAUCCUGGAGACCCUCGCCCUCAUCGACCUCCAGGCCUUACUUACCGCGCAACGCACCAACCGGCGCCUCCACAUCCUCGUCCAGGAUGCCAUCCACAACGUCCAGAACACCGCCAUGAUCGGCUACUCCCCAGCAGAAACCGCCUAUUACACUACGGAGAUCGAUCCGAGCCCGUUGCAAAUAAAUCCGCUAUGGCGAAGCAAAUUCAAAGGCCUAUUUCACACGGCGGACUGCUUCACGGCGGCGGAUAAGAGAAGACUCGCGUUCCUGACGCUGCACGGCGACUACACGCUGCCCUUCCGGCGACUGCCCUGGGCCCACUCGGAGGCCACGCGCGCCGCGUUCCUGCGCCCCGAAGCGAGCUGGCGCAACCUCAGCGUCACCUUCGGCCAGCGGCCCAUCACGCACCUCGACGUCAUCAAGAGCUACUCCGCUCCCGGCGGGGACUCGGUCGAAUACUACCAGCUGGACCUCGCGCCUUCUGGCCUGACGAUGGGGCUCUUCUACGAGGUCCUGCUCUGCGAUGAAGCCACGUACGGGGAGGAGACGGGCAGCUGGGAGCUGCUGGUGGGCCAGCGGCUGCGCAGCUACGACGUCCUCGCCGAGUACGAGUGCUACAUCCCGGGCGACCGCGAGCUAAUCGACGCGGGCGAGGGCGCACGGCAGGCUGCGGUGCUGUAUGUCCGCGGCGGCCCCGUGACGCAUAACUAUACUGUCGGGGUCGAGGAGACGAGCUGGAUUGUGAAGAAUCAGGCCAAGCAGAAGUUGCUCCCGUGGCAAGGGCCGAUUCAGAAUUUUAUAUUUACGGGAUACUACGAAUACUAGAUGGUAGAGCUGAGUAAUAUCUAGGGGAGAAGAACUGCCUAACCUUAGGUACGUAGGUAGGAGUCCGAAGGAAGCUGGCCGGGCUUUCUUCCUCCUAGAAAUUUAUGACCUGGUAGGGAUGUAGCAUUGUGGACUAGUAUUAUCGUUAACGUAAGAAUGAAAGAUGUGUCCGUCGUGUGAUUCCAUAACCAAUCAAAAAAUGCUGUUGAUAGUUGUUGGUAUUAGGUGGUGAAACUGCGUGGAGAAACAUUAUCUACAUCCCAUCCGUAUAACGUUUUCUAUCGUACACGCGAGCACCGAGACUAAAGUGCCCGGACUAAUGCAACCUUGGAAGCUACAUAUUGUAGGUAGUAUCUCGGGGAUCAAUUCAUCACAUCUAUGGAUGCCUAUACGCACAUACGAUGCAGUUGCCUAGGUUAGUAGUUAAGCACUUGGUAGAUACUUUUUUAGUACUACCUACAGGGCUACUGAAUAUCUAUGUCAUGUAUAUGUCAUGUAUCAC